AGAAGGUGAAGGGACAGCUGCAAAGCUCCUUUCUCAUUGCCUGCUUUCACAAAGAUUCUGCCCAUGGAAACAAGGCACCUAAAUCUGAAGCAAGAGGGGAAGCUUUAGGGUUUCCAUAGUGAUGCAUGAGGAAUCAUCAUUUUCUGCCAUGUUUUCCCAGCAAAGAGAAGAAUGUUGGUAACUAUGGUCCCUCCUGAAGCCAUUGGCUUCUUGUCUGCAGUUGGAGUCUUUAUGGUUCUUCUGGCUGUCCUCUUCCUUUUCAUCAACAAGAAACUGUGUUUUGAAAACCUAGGAGGCCUUCCAUGCCUGGAGCAACGAGGGAAAAGAAAGCACUCUAAAGACAAGACUGGGAUCCCCGAAGGGCUGGCUGAGAAGUUUUGAGAGUGAAAUAUUCACAGCCAUUAAGAGACCUUCAAUUUAAUUUCUCAUCAUGCUUGUUCUGUAGUUCACAUUAAGCCCAGAGUACCAAAAGACCUGAACAACUGGACUUUUAGACAUCAGAUAGCUGGCCAUGGUGUUGGCCAUGGCGUCUCAGGAUGCUCAGAACUUCUUCCAGCCUCUGUCUUCCUGGAUAUCUCGGGCAUAUGAAGCUCUCCAGCAAGCGGGAGGUGCAUUAUCUGCAUCGUUUGUUAAUGUAAGCAAACAAGACUCGAAAUUGAGUGACAAGCUAGACCAAGAAUUAGAUGAUAUUCAGAUUCAGGAAACUUACUCUGAAGAUGAAGAACAAAGCAAUGAUUGGAGUCAAGAGGACACAAAUUCCUUGUUUCUUGAAGUGGAUCACCUCUCCUGUUGUAAUAGUGAUUUGCAGGACUCAGCCCAAAGUUCAAGCCCUAGACUUAGCCAACAUGCAAAGGACUCAUGUUCCAUAAGGUCCCAGUGGCCCAAUCAGACCCUUGAUGACCAAAAGCCACCGCAAGUGCUUUCUUCUAUUGCUGAGGAAGAACAUCACCUUGAAAAGCAAAGGAGUGGCCUUCAACAUGGCUUUGAGAGCCAACUCUCUGGUAUUUUAGAAAAUGUUAAUGGAAAAAAGCAAGUUAACAGCUUUGGAGACGAUGAAGAGCCAUGCACAUCUUCUGACUCUGACGAGGAGGUGAUCAAACAAUUUGAAAUUUCUGUGUCCCGGUCCCAGAGUUUCCGCUCAAGAACAUCUGAGAAAGGGAAGCAGACAGGAACGGAACAGAAACCAAAAUUCCACCACUUGCUCUCCACCCGCGAAGAGGACAGCACAGAAGUGUCUGCUUGUGAAGAUGUGGAUGGAGCCAGCCACCUGCAGUAUUCUGAGAAUCUGUCUUAUGGUGAUGAGGACCCCAUUUCUGCCCACUCACGGUCCCAUUGUGAGGUGGGAGAUACCAGGCACCAUAGCACAUCUCCCCAAGAGACCCCGAGUGUGGUCCACAGCCUCAGUCGCCAGUCCACAGAGGGCAGCUUGGAGAUGGAAACUGUUUUUAAUAACCGUGGACUUGAAGACUCCUAUGCCACAGACAGCUCCUCUCUGUGGAGUCCAGAGGAGCAGGAUGGGACCAAUUUUCAGGUGCCAUCUGGGGUCCCGGAGCCCAUCUCAAAGUGUGGUGACAUGGAUGUCAUCUUUGAAUAUAGAGCUGCCAGCCAGAAGCUCACAGUGACGAUUGUGAGAGCACAGGGCCUCCCGGAUAAGGACCGAAGUGGCAUCAACUCCUGGCAAGUUCACGUAGUGCUGCUGCCCAGUAAGAAACAGAGGGGCAGGACGAGCAUACAGAGGGGUCCCAACCCUGUCUUCAAGGAGAAGGUCACCUUCACCAAACUAGAGCCCAGAGAGAUGGCCGCCAGUGCCAUCCGCUUCCGCCUGUACGCUGCCCGGAAGAUGACCCGUGAGAGAAUGAUGGGGGAGAAGCUAUUCUAUCUCAGCCAUCUGCGCCCAGAAGGGGAAAUGAAAGUGACUCUAGUUCUGGAGCCAAGAAGUAAUAUCAGUAGUGGAGAGUCUCCGCUCAGCCCAUCUGCCGUUUCUCACAGCGAUAGUGCCUCAUCCACGCAGUCGCUGUCUCAUGGAGGGGCGCCAGAGCUGUUGGUGGGGCUGUCCUACAAUGCCACAACGGGGCGAUUAUCUGUGGAAAUGAUCAAAGGCAGCCAUUUCCGAAACCUGGCUGUUAACAGAGCGCCUGAUACAUACGGAAAGCUUUUUCUCCUCAAUUCUGUGGGUCAAGAGAUGUCACGCUGCAAGACGUCCAUUCGACGUGGUCAGCCCAAUCCUGUCUAUAAGGAGACCUUUGUCUUCCAGGUGGCCCUCUUUCAGCUCUCUGAUGUCACACUGAUGAUUUCCGUUUAUAACAGGCGUACUAUGAAGCGUAAAGAGAUGAUUGGUUGGAUUGCUCUGGGCCAAAACAGUAGUGGGGAGGAGGAACAAGACCACUGGGAGGAAAUGAAAGAAUCCAGGGGCCAGCAGGUCUGCAGAUGGCACACCUUGCUUGAAUCCUAGAUUUGCCAACAAGCAUUUAUACGCUGCAUCCUCCCAGGUGGCCCUAGUUUUUGACUACUAACACCAACUUAGCGUAUGCUGGCAGGCUUUUUAAAGACAGACUUUCAAAUAGGGAUUGGAUUCCACUAACCCCGAAGACAUUUUAUGUGUCUAUGGGGGUGGGGGAAUCUUUGGGUUUCUCAAAGGUUUGAUUUGGAUUUAAGUAUUACAAUUUUUUAAAAUCCUAUGUGUACAGUGAACUAUCUGGAAAAUUACCAUGGUAAGCAGCGACGACGAGUUGAUUUGUGUUAAUAGGUUAUUGAGUUUUGGUUCAGGCUGUGGCAUAAAGCUUCUCCUGCUCUCUCUGUUUGCUUGAAGAGUAACCUGAGAUUGCCAGGAAGCUGUAAAUGUUACUAUUUGUAACCACUUAUGUGUAUGAAUCAGAAUUUUCUUAAUAUGGUGCAAAAAAACCCCAAAAUACAGAAAUGAGUCAGACGCUGAGGCUCAAAGAAGAAUGUAAUUGUCCCCUAUAAUCUCCUAUUUCACAUUUUCUCUUUAUCAACCCCCCAUUUAUUUACCUAACAAAUAAAUGUUAAAACUUGCACUUAUAAAACAAAUUUGUAUUCAUUAAAUACCUCUUUUUAUCUCACUUAUAUAUUGUGGUUUCCUAUGAGGUUUGGUUAUAUAAAUCAUUUUGAAGCUAAAAAACUACUGUUGAAAGACAACUUGUCUCCUUUUGAAUAUGUAAGAUUUCAAACUUGUAACUUUCAAGGUUUUUAUGCUCUUUUUCUCACCUAAUAAAUUCUUACAGAAUGAGAAGAAAACCAAAAAAACCUACUUAAGUCAUGGAUUUAUUGAUUUUUCUGACUCUAGUGUUUUUCCUUUAGAUUACUUUUUCUAUAUGCAAUUAUAUAUUGAGGCAUAUAUUUUGAAUGUACGCCUGCAUGUAAACCAUGUUUUUUUUUUAAUGCAAUAUUUUCCAUCAUUAGAGUAUAGUAAAUUGUAAACUAUGGGUCUUUCAUAAUGUUGAUUUGAUUGCCUCUUAGAAAUGAACAUGUUAUAAUAACUGAAUGAAGGAAUAUUUUCAGCUUGUAUGGAAUGACACUAAAUUUUUCUUGAAGCAUUUGAUGUGCCUAUAAUUGUCAUUUUUCAUGGCCUUUGCAGAAACAUAUAUUAGUCCAUACUUGCAUUCAGGGCACAUGCCAUUCAGAACAGUAUUUUGUGGUUAUGAGCAUGAAAUUUUACUUCUGACUGACUUUUACAUACGUGUGCAGUGCAUGUUUAUUUAUUUUUUUCUGAGCCCUUAAUUUUAAUUACUUUAAAUUGGAAAUAAUAAAAAAGGGAAAGGAAUGUGUAACCCUGUGCAAUUGCUCAGUCACUUAUUUUUAGCUUUUAUGUUUCAUUGUUGACUUUUUGCUGUCUGUGGGAAGAGUGAGAGCUAGUGAUGGAUGUAUACAGUUAAAAACACAUAACUCCUCCUCAGCUCUACACUUUGACAGAUUGUAGAUGUAGGCUGUAACACUUGAAGAACAUAUUUAUUCCUUACAGCCUGUAAUUGUUAUCCUGGCAAGACGAGACUAGGGUGAUCUGUAGUAGGAUAACCCGACUAUGAUUUCAAGUUCCCACUUUUGACAGAAGUGAUUUCAUAUGGAAUAAUCAGAAUUAGCAAAAAAGAUUAAUAUCUUAAUUUCUGUUUAGGUCAUGGGCGUUUCCUAUGUAAUGCUGUUCAGUUAUUGAGAAUGACUAAUAAAACAUGCUCCUUUGGGUUUUUAGCCUAUCUUUCUUUGGAAGACCUCAAAGUGCUUUUCCAACAUUGUAUCCAUUAACUGCUGAGUGGCCUUUGCAGUGUGGCUGUGUCAUCGAGGAGAACUGAGUGCAAUUGAUUAAGUCGUGGCACAAAGAAUUGGCUUCUCACAUCCCUUCCUUUCUGUGUGCUUGUGUUCAAAGACAAGUAGAGCAGCCUUGUUAUGUUUUCUUUGAUGCAGUCACAUAAAAGCAGCAUUCACUUUAGAAUUUACAUUUGAAAAAAAUCUGCGUAUAUUGUACAGACAGUCCUGGAUUUCUUCCCCACCCCUCAUUUCCCUGCUUUAUGUUUUGCUGCAUCCCUUAUCUCAUCGUACCCUGUGAUCACCUACAGUUCAUUUUCUGCUGCCUUGACCCACCGAUUUUUAAGGUUUUCUGCUGGUGUCAUGAAGAUAUCUUUGUGUGUUUGAUCUGCUUUCCAAUAGUCUGUUUAUGAUACAGUUACAAGAAUGUGUAGUGUUUUAAGAGAAGGGAUGCCUAAAAAGCAUUUUUUUAUGUUUAUGAUUUUACUAUGUUAGUGCUACUCCCCAUGUAAGAUGUAUGCAUAUCUUGAAUAUACAGUAACAUUCACCCUAAAACUGACUGUAUAAACAUAAAAUGCUAAUGACAAGAUACAUUAAAAUAUGAGGCUGAAUAUUUUUUACAUUGAUUUGAAAUUCUGGUUUAGGAAGAUCUUUUGAUUUUGUGCACUUAAACUCCCUUAUUUUCUUGGCAAAGUCUAGACACAAUGCAUUUAACAUGUUUUUCACUCGAGCUUUUGCAUCUACAUUUGCUUUUCAAAAGAAUUAUGAAAGAUAAUUAGUUGGUUCUGCAGUAAGAGAAACUGCUUUUACAUAUUUUAUCUAGCUCAUAAUUAAUAUCUCACAGGGAUUUUUGAAAUUGAGGAAGCAUCAGUAUUUGUUGCAUGAGAGGUUCUCUCCACGAUUUUUCCUGAAGAGGUGCUUUUUACAUAAUAUUUUGAGAGUAAAUGAUGCACUAGGUUUAUGGAAAUGAGUUUUAUAAUGUGCCUUCUUUCGGGGCAGGAGUUUAUACUGAAUCGUGAAGUGCUGGUUUUACCCAUCACGGUGGCUCUUGGGUUCCCUGCUACUCUGUGACUAUUGUUGAAUUUUUGAAUGGGCCAUUCAGCGGCCGCUGACCACCUGCUCUUACUCUGUUUCCUUCACUGGCUCCCAGUGUGAUGCGCAGUUGUUUUGGUCCCUGUUUUUGCUGAUGUUGCAUAACUGUGAAGGGAGGUCUUGCCUCCCGAACAGAAGAAGUACUUUUAAUGCCUUUAAAUGUCUUAUACUCAGCAUUCCACCUGCACAAAAUUUGAGGAAGAUUCCUCACCGUGAUUUCAAAGGGAAAAGAGAGUAUGGUGCUGUAUCAUCAUUUACUGCAGGCACUGUUCACUCUGUUCCUCCUUCAAAGACAAUAACUGAUUGACCUCAAACACUGAUAUUCUCUGGAGUGCUAGGUGCUACAGGUGGGCUCACACAAUAUUUUACCGGUUGUUGACACCUCUCGGUCAGUGACCUUUAUGUCCUGGCUGUACUAGAGGGUCUUAUCUGAGAAUCAAAACUCGUUUCUUUUCAAGUAAAAUAUUAUUUAAGUUGAAAUUACCAUCAAGUUAAGGGAAAGUCAUCUGAUUGCCAAUGAAUUGAUUAAAUUAAUGGUUCAGUGUGGUCAUUGAAUUGUGAGUUUCCGCAAACCCUGGCUAUCCUUUCGUAGCAGAGGACUUAGUACAUGAAUAUCAGAUAAGUGAAUAGGAAAGGAUUAUUUGUAGAUGACACAAAAUCAAAUGGAGGCAUAUUCUGUAAUGAUAAAGAAACAGGACUAGAAAGCACACGUGGUAUUGUCUCCUCUUACCUUUGAGGAAAUUGGCUAAAGAACAUUCCAUUUUAUUUGAUCCACAACAAAAGCAAAUGAUAGAUAAUCCUGAAAUGGCAAAAGUAUUUUUAUUGUCUUAAGAAAAAUCAUUCAUUUGUUCCAAAGAAAAAAGUGAAGCAAACAAUAAAAAACAAAUCAUAUAGCAUGUGUAUGGAAGAAUUAAAGAAUAAAUAAACAUGCAUCCUCCAGCAUAUACUCAAGAAGAGAAAACUAAUAAUCCAAAAGACAAAUCAGGCUAACUAGCUAUCGUUUGUUUCACAACUUGUGGAAUUCUUGCAAACACUUAAAGAUGGGGGAAAUGAAGCUGGUCCAACACAGCUGAGAGAAGUUGGCACAGGCUGUAGUGUUAGCCUGGGUUCGGAUGGAACUCUGCUAACUGUGUGGCCUUAAGAAAAUGACUUAUCCAGCCUGUAUCUCUAUUUCCUCAAGUGGAAAAUGGAAAUAACACCUACCUCAUAAGGCAUUUUAAAAGUCUUUAAUGAAAUAACAGCAUAGAGCCUGGCAUACUAUGAGCAUUCAAUAUUUCCCCCUCACAAUCAUGCUUUAAAACAGAAAAAAAAAAAAAGGUAUUUAAGAUUUGUUUUCUUUCUAGUGAAAAUAAUUGUAGCAUUAGAGGGAAAAACUGCGAAUAGCUGAUAGAUUAGGGAAAUCUAUCCUGAUAGAUUAGAGAUAAGCCAAAAACAGUUUCCAGAUACCUUAAAAAGGAUAGGUUCAUGGAGCUAAACAUGAAUGAAUUAAAAAUGAAUAAAAAUGUGUUCAUUGGAUUUCGUUGGGUCUAGCACCAUGUUCUUUAGGAUAACAUGGGACGACUUCACAUCUUUUUGGUGGACUGUAACUACACAUGGAAGCUUUAAACAUCAUCAUAAAACCAGCAGUGUUUACCAGCAUACAAUUGUUUAAUUAGUCUAAUCACAUUCCAUAAAAAAUAGAGUCUCCUGUUACGGUUUAGUGGGAAAAGGUAAAACAGAUGGACUGAGCUUAUUGGAGAAAGGGGCUAGGAAGCCUGGGACUUACAGUGGCCCUUGGUUACACUGGGACAUCGCCAUCUUUGAAAGUCUUUUAAAAUAGGAACAUCUGCAUGAGCUGUGGGUUCUGUCUAAAGGAGAAUGGAAGUGCACCCAGGAAGAUAGCCUUUAUAAAGCUCCUUCUAAAGUCUAAUAUUUUAUGUGUAGUCUCCAAGCAGAAUCAACAUAACAACACUCUAGGCCUGUCCUCUUCCCUUUGGA